UCAGACACACACUGGUGAUACUCAGAUGUCUGCAGGCAGAGGGAAAGAGGAGUCAGAGUGGGUGUGCAGGACAGUGGGAGCGCCGUCUCGUGGUGAUCCGUCAGGGCACUUCCAGAGCUGGAUUUAUGGCACGCAGCUGUUGAGUGGCUGACAGACGUGUGAGGAGCUCAAGUGCCGCUGCUGCUUCUCAAGCUGCUCGAACCAGCCCGAGCUUACUGUUGCGUAGGAAAGAGGACCGUGUCUGCUGUGCCUCAACACACAACGCCAGCAGAUGGUGCGGGAGCAGUAUGUUUCCACCACCCAGGGCAGCAGCACGCCCAGGUCGGUGCCCGACCAUGUCUACAAGAUCGGCAUCUAUGGCUGGAGGAAGCGUUGCCUCUACCUGUUUGUCCUUCUGCUCAUUAUCAUCCUGGUGGUCAAUUUCGCCCUCACCAUCUGGAUCCUCAGGGUGAUGUGGUUCAAUACGGAAGGGAUGGGACUCCUACAAGUACACUCAGAUGGGGUCAAACUGGAGGACGGCGAGUCAGAGUUUCUGUUCCCCGUCUACGCUGAGGAGAUCCACUCCAGAGAAGACACUUCACUUCUAGUGCACUCAUCGGAAAAUGUUUCCCUUAAUGCCCGCAAUGAAAACGGUGACGUCACAGGAAGGAUAUCUGUUGGUCCAAAAGAGGCUGAGGGACACACUCGAAAUCUGCUCAUUAACUCCAACAAUGACAACAUGCUGUUCGCUGCAGAUGGCGACCAGGCUGUGAUUGGACCAGACAAACUACGAGUUACAGGUCCUGAAGGAGCGCUGUUCCAGCAUUCAGUGGAGGUGCCUCUGCUGAGAUCUGAACCUUUUAAAGAUCUGAGGUUAGAGUGUCCUACUCGCGCUCUCAGUAUGGACGCGCCAAAAGGAGUUCAUAUGAAAGCGCUGGCUGGCAACAUCGAAGCUGCAUCCAACAUGGACGUUAUUCUGGAGUCUAGUAUAGGACUGCUGGUUCUGGACGCAGAGACAGUGCGCAUGCCGAGCCUGCCCCAGAGCGAAGAAGGCGUUUCUGGAAAUGCUCAGGGUCUCUAUGAGGUCUGCGUCUGUCCCAGCGGCAAACUCUUCCUGUCUAAGGCGGGGGUCACCUCCACAUGCAGCGAAAAUCAGGAGUGCUAGAAAGACUCUGACACGUUAAUCGAUUUCCCAUCUCUCAGUAGAUGUAUCUUCUGGGAGGCAACAAGCACAACUGUUUAUAUCUGAGUUUUUUUUAUCUUUAUACCACAGUGGAUCUAUGAUGAUUUCAGCACUCAGAUCCCACUGGCACAUAGAGGCCUGUACAAGUUCAAAUGCCUGCUGGCGUACAUGUUGGAGAUGCCAUGAAAUGCAUCU